AUGUUACAAGGGAAGAUAAAAAAAUUUAAACUUCCAAUAGACAAUAAUAUUGAAAAUUUUAUAAAAGAUAUAAGUAUAAGAAAAAAUGAAUAUAUAUAUGCAUGUGACGCAGUAGACCUUGAUAAUAUUAAUUUAAAAGCUGAUUCAAUAAUUAAUUUUUUUAAUUUUAUUAAUGAAAGUUAUAGUCAUCUUUUAUUAUUGUUAUGUCAGGAAGGUUUUGAUACUGUUUUCAAUUAUAUUAGGAUAUCCGAUAAUUUCAAUGAUAUAGAACAAGAAAAAAUUUUUGGUUGCUUAACUAUUUUAAUAGAAAAAAGUGUAGAUAUAUUUAAAAAUUAUUUUAAAUGCAUAGAAAAUUGUAAUAUAAAUAAUGAAUCUGAGAAUUUGGAUAAAUUGAAGAUUUUAUUAAGCUCAAAUAAUAGUAUAAUGAAUAUUAUCAUUAAAUGCUUAGAAGAUAAUCAGAAAGAAUAUUCAUUAAAUGAGAAAAAAAAAAAGUUUACUUUUUUUGAAAUUAAUGAAACUUUAGUUUCAUAUUUCAAUGCUUUAACUUUCAUAUAUAUAAAUAUUUUUAAUUUUUAUUAUAAUAAAAAUUUUAGUAAACAACAAAAUACGGAAGUUAUUGUAAAUACUCAAAGAGGAAGAAAAAAGCAAAAAAAAGAUAAUGAGGAAGAAACAAACAUUGCAUUAAAAAAUAUAAAUUGUCUUUUAAAUAAUAUAAUUUUAUUGUUAAGCAAUAUAAACUUUAAUAUUUUUUAUAGUGAAUUAAACAAUUCUAUAACUGAUUUAUAUUUGCAAUUUUUUUUAAAUAUAUAUUUAAUUAAUCAAGAAAAUAACAAUAUAUUUAAUAUGAGUGUUUAUCAUAAUCACAUAUCUGUUAUAAUAGGAACAUUGUUAAAAUUAUAUAUCAAAAAAGAGAAUAGUGAUUUUUCUUUAAUAGACAAAAAAGAAGAAAAUAGUUCGUACAAUAUUAUGUCACAUAUGGAAUAUUCAAAAGAUAAUUAUGAUAUUAAUAAUAGUCAUGAGAAUGACAAUAAUAAAAAUAAUAUUAAUAUUGAUAAUGAUAGAAUUAAUAAUGAUAAUGAUAAUAUCGAUAAUGAUAGCAAUAAAAAUAAAAAUAACAAAAAUGAAAAUGUUUCAUCUGAUAAAUUUUAUUCUUUUUCUUUUACAUACAUAUUUUUAAAUUACUGUAAAAAAUGUUCUAAUAUAAACGUAUGUGAUGCAAUACUAAGAGUAAGAAAUACUGAUAUUCCUUUAAUUAUUAUAAAAGAAUUCAUUGAUUAUAUAAAAGAAAAUGCUUUGUUAUAUCUAAAUUUAAGUGUGCAGGCACAUAUGCAAAAUGAAAUAAUUAAUGUAUUAAAUUUUCUUGAAUAUUUUUCGAAAAAUUUAAGUUGUUAUUUGCUUACUUAUUUAAAAGAUUUAACGGAUAUGUUAGGUAUAGAUAUUUAUUAUAUAAGAAAGUCCAUUUUUGAGAUUUUUAAGAAUUUUAUAACUUUAGCAAAAGCUAGUGAAGAAAUAAAAGAAAAUUGCAAAAACUCAAUUGAUAAUUAUGAAUUAGGUGAUACUUUUAAAAAUAAUUUCUAUGAAGAAGAUGAUGAGGAGGAUUAUGAGGAAAAUGAGGAUUACGAUGAAGAAAAUGAUAAUUUUACAGAAGAUGAUGAAGAAUUUUCUGAAGAAGAUGAAUUUAAUAGUGAUUAUGGUGCAUCGAAAAAAGGAAUAACAAAAAAAAAUAGUAAUUUAGAUAACAAGAGUUCUAAAGAAAAAAAAAAAAACAAAAAAAAAAUAAAAAGGAAAAAUAUAAACAAAAAAAAAAAAAAAAAAAAAAUGAAAACUUUUUUAAAAUCAUUAUAUUUAAAUAUAAAUGAAGGUAGCAUGAGUACAUAUAAAGACAUCAUAAAUAAAAUAGUUCUAGAUGAUACUCACUUUUUACAGUUAUGUUUUAAAGAAUGCUUAAAAAAUAGAGCAUUUAUUAUGAAUGUGUUAAUAUCAAGGCAAUAUGAUUCUAAGUUGCAUGUUCGUUGUCAUUUAUUAAAAAUUUUUCAAGAAUUGAUAGAGAAUAAUUUUAUCCCUUUAAAUUAUUAUAAUAAUCUAUGCCUAAUAUGCAGUGAACGAAUAAAUGAUAAAUCUCCCUUAGUUAGACAAAGAGCAUUUUCUUUGCUUUCUUGUAUAGCAAGUGAUGUAGUAAAAAAUAAAUAUGUAAUUCCAUUAAACACAAAUAAAAUAAAAAAAGAAUUAAAUAAUUUGAAUAAGAGAAAAAAUUUAUUAGUAGAAAAGGAAUCUAGAGGUAAAAUUAAAAAUGAAAGAAGUAAUUCUAAUUGUGAAAAUGGAAAAGAAACAAAAAAAAAUGUUAAGAAUGAUGUGAAGAAAAAUGGAAAAAAUCAAAAGAGAAUUAAUCUUUCUGAUAGUGAUGAUGAUACUACUUCAUCCUCUGUAUUAAAAGAAAAAUCAAAUGAAAAUAAUUAUCAAAGCAAAUUUGAUUUACUAAUAAAAAUGUACAAUGAAGUUUUAUUUAUUUCAAUGAUCGUAGAUCAGUGUGUUGACUUAUGCUUUAAGUUAUUAUAUUCAGUUAUAGAAACAGAUCAAAAAAGUUCCAUUAGAUUUAUAAUAUUAGCUCACUUAUGUGGAAAUAAAAUAGCUGAAGAACAAAUGAAUAAAGUAUGGUCUUUGAUUUUUAGUAAUAAUAGUAGUAUUGUUGAAAUGAUAAUAAAUGAAUUUGUUAAUGUAAAUAUUUAUUGUGAUGAUUAUAGAAUUAGUGCAUUUAGAUUAAUUAAUGUUACUCUUAAUAGCAAAUUAAAAGAUUUGUCUUGUAUAGAAAAAAUAAUAGAAUGCUUAUUACUACAAGAAAAAACUAAUGUAAGCAUUAGCAAAUUACUGGAUGAAUUAUUUAACAUUAUUUUUGUCGAUACAUUUAGUGAAAAUAAAAAUUUAAUUAUAAAAGAAGGAGCUUUAAUUCUAAUGAAAAUCUUGUGUUAUUCUAUUCACACUGUUAAUUUAAAGAAAGGAAAAAAAGAACAUUAUUUUAUUUUUAGUAAUAAAAGAAAACAUCUUAUAAUAUUAUUUAUAAAUCAAUAUAAGUAUAAUUUGCAUUUCAUAAAUCUUUUAAUUUUAAUUUUGAGGUAUAAUAAAACCAAUAAAAUUAUACAAAAUUUAUUAAUUAUUUUAUUUAAUUUAAUUUUUGAUCAUAUUGUCGAUAAAAAUGAAAAUGAAGAAGAAAACUUUUUCAAAAAGAAUUCAUCUAAUAUAUUGGAUAAUUUUAAAGAAAAUAACAGUAGUAAUUAUCAAAUGAAAAAUAGUAAGUAUUCAGAUGAUUAUUAUUAUUUAUAUGAUCAUAAAAAUAUUUGGUUUAGAUGCUGCCAAUCAAUUAUUGAAAGUAUGUAUGAGCAUUUCGAUGAUUUUCUUAUUAUAUUCACUGCAAAAUUAAAAAGUAUUUUAAACAUAAUAUGUAAUAAAAAAAAUGUAGAUAAUAUUAUAAACAACAACGAUGAUGAUGAAAAAAUAACAGAUAAAAAGAUAGAAGAAAACAACUUUUUUAAUAAGGUUUCAUGCUUUACUUUAACAAAAUUUAUAUUUGUAUCUGGACAUUUAGGCUUAUAUACAUAUAUAUAUGCAGAAAAAAUACAAAAUAAAUUAAAGAAAAUUGUAUCAAAAAGUGAUAAUAAUUAUGGGAUGUGUACUAAGGAAGAAAAAGAUAGAGAAUAUUUUGAUUACGUAGUUGAACAUAUGAUUGUAUGUAGUAAUUUACUUGGAAAAAAAAUUAUUCCUUUAAUUUUUUUAAUUUUAAGAAAUCCAGAUAAUUUUUUUAAUGAAUUCAUAAUUAAAGAUGACUCUCUAGAAAAUUUAUGUGAUAGAUUUUUUGAUUCAUCUAAUGUAAAAGAGAAAAAUAUAUAUAUGCACUAUGAAAUGUAUUUACUAGUUCUUGUUUGUUUAUUAACAUUAUGCAAAUUUUCUAUUAUUUCUCAAAAUUUCUGUCAAAAGAUUAUUAAUAAUCACGUAUCUAUUAUACAGUUAAUUGUUUCUAUUAUAAUUAAAGACAACAAUCAGAUUUUUACUCAUAAAGUAGAAGUAUCGUGUGAUAACAAUAAAGAAGUAAAAAAAAAAAGUGUUCAAUUCAUUGAUAAUUUAAACAAUAUGAUGGAAAUAAAAGAUUUACCAAAUAAUAAUGAAAAUGAAGAGGUAAUAAAAAAAAAUGAUGAUUAUUUAUGUAUUGAAAAUAGGGAUAAAUUAAAUACAACAUUUGAAAAAACAGAUGAAAAUGAAAAAUUGAAAAAUGGUAUAAUGUAUAAAACUAUAUCAAAUAUACGAAAAAUGUUAUUAAUUAGUUAUGCUGAUUUAUUAUAUAGGCAUCCAAAUCUCUUAGAACCUUAUAACAAAUAUAUUUUUAAAGUUUUAAAUGAUGAAGAUAUAAACAUGAGAAGAACUGCUGUCUCUGUUUUUACUCAUUUAUUUAUGACAGAUACAGUAAAAGCAAAAAAUAUUUUACUUAUUCAUAUGAUGUAUUUAACAAUUGAUAAAGAUGAAAAAAUAUCAAGUGGUUCCAAAUCUUUUUUUUAUGAAUUAGAUAGAAAAUCGCAUAUUACAUUAGUUAAUAAUAUUUGUGAUAUGAUUUCUGUUUUGGCAAGGAAUGAAAGAAAAUUAGAAUAUGAAAUGAACAAAGAAAUAUUACUAUUUUUAUUGACUUUUAUAAAAAAAAGUAAAUAUAAUGAAACAUUAGUAGAAAAAAUUUUUAAAAAAAUGAAAGAAGUAAAUAUUAAUAAAACAGACGCUCUUCAUUUAUAUAUGCAAGUAUUUUUAAAUAUACAAAUAGAUGAAAAAAUAUUAGGAAAAAUAAGUAAAUGUUUCCCUUUAAUUAGAUAUAUAAUAAGAGAAAACCAAUAUAUUCUGGACAAUUUUGUUCUUAUUUGCAAAAAAGCAACUGAAAAAAAAAGAGGAAGACCAACUGAAGAAGUUCAGCAGCAAUCUAAUACAGUUAAUGGAGGAGACAAAUCUACUAAAGAGAAAAUAGAAAAUGAUAAGCAUGAAAAUAAAAUGAGAGAAUUAGCAGAAGAUAUUUUAGGAAAAAUAGAAUCAACAACAAAUAAAUCAAAGAGUUUUUUGAAUAUAAAUAGUUUAUCCAAUUCAUUUAAAAAAAGAGCUUCAAAAAAUAAAAACGAAGAGGAUGCUUAUAAAAAUGAUGAAGAUAUUAAUAAAAGUGAAGUAGACAUAAAUAAAGAUGAACAAGAAAUAAAUAAAAAUGAAGAAGAAACAAAUAAAAAUGAAGAGGAAAUAAAUAAAAGUUGA